AUGGAGCGCUUCAUUCUAAGCUCAUCCAAGGGGCUUGCGGGUGUCACAAAAUCAAAAAACAAAACUGUUCAGUCCAUCCACGAGUCUGUGAGAGACUACCUCCUCAGAGGAAAAGGGUUCGAAACCCUCCGUGCUGGUCUCAAAAACAUCCCAGGGCAGAGUCACGAUGCGCUGAAGGAUUGUUGUUUGAUGUACCUAGAAUUUGAUAAAUCUGACUAUAUACCCGAAAAACUUCCUCUGGCAUCUACGGAAGAAGCUGCAAGUCUUCGCCAAAUAGUCUACCAAACGUUUCCAUUUCUUCACUACGUAACAGAAAAUAUAUUCUACCACGCGGAUUGCUCACAUGGAAAUGGAGUGGAGCAAUUGGGGUUUCUCGACGAUCUUCUGGCCAUCGGAGGAUCCGAUAUGCACCUUCCCAACACCCACUGCUCUACUCCCGUACUCGCAGUGCCCAGAUUGAAAUAUCAUAUCAAGGCCUGGAUUCUUACCAGAAACCUUCUGGAGAAAUUUCAGAUCCGCCGCUACACUCCGGAUGGGAGUCUAUUAUAUAUUUUCGCGGAAAGGGAUUUGUCGAACCUACUUCGUCUCGAACUCGCCAGAGUUCCGCAUAUGGAUAUCAAGGGAGAGCGAUAUGGCUUUCCAGUACAUGCAGCUAUAGCCAAUAGUUGUGACUUGGCACUUCGUACCUUUCUUGCAGCAGGGUCUUCUCUUUUUACGGAAAGCGAGCAUGAAGAAGCGGUUCAGUGCGUGCGCGAAAACCGCCGUGAAAUUACUUCACAAAGUACAGAAACUUUACUUUCAUGGGCUCUCAAGAACCGAAAGCUUCCACUCAUUAAGAUUUUUCAUAGGUCUGAAAAGGUUGAUAAUUCGUCUAUCAAAACCUCAAUGAAAGACUUCUUGCUCAACGCAACCUAUCAUGGGAAGUCAGACUGGGUCAAAUUAGUUUCAAGCGCGGACCUAUUUGCCAGCGACCCCUUGCUCAUUCAAAGUGCUCUUUGUAGCGCCGCAGCGCAAGGCCAUGAAGAAGUAGCCAAACUCAUAAUUCAAUAUGGAAAAGCUAUCGUUAAUUCAACAAAUGAAUAUGUCAAGGGUCCCCUCUGGCAUGCCGCUACAAGCGGACAUGCUGGAAUAUUGAGACUACUGCUAGAAUAUACCAUCGACAGCAGUGUUACGCGGGGGUUUCUCCCGCUUCUUGAGGCUGCCCACAAAGGGCAUACGGAACUAGUUAAGAUACUAUUACAAACCGGGAAAUUUGAUAUCAAUUGCUCAGAUGAUUUUGGGAGAACACCCUUUCUCCUAGCAGUCUCGAUGGGACACAUGGAAGUAGUCAAAAUGCUAAUAGAAAUCGAAGAAUGUGACAUCAAUAGGAGGGACAUCGAGUUCAAUACACCACUUUCAGAGGCUAUAUCAAAAGGGUGUCUGGAGAUUGUCAAGUUGUUAAUCGCGACUGGGAGGUGUGAUAUUACUUGACCUGCUGACUGCGAUUCGCUUUCAUUGGCAAUUCGUGGGAGGCAUGCGGCUGUUGUGAAACUUUUAUUGGAUACGGACAAGUGCUUUGUCAACAUCAAAGAUCCCACAGGCGAUACUCCACUGUCACUGGCUGCGCGAUCCAAUCAAGUGGACGUGGUUAGACUACUUUUACAGAUUCCCGGGUGCGAUAUCAACUCGAAGAAUAUUGCUGGUAACACGCCGCUGUCCUUGGCAGCGCGUGAAGGAGCCGUCGAAGUAUUGAGAGUACUGUUGGAGACCGGUCAGUGUGACAUCGACUCGAAGAAUUGUAUGGGCGAAACACCUCUAUUGCUGGCAAUCCGUCUCCAGUGUCCAACAGCUGUGGAUAUUCUGAAAAUGUUCCUAGCGACCGAUAAAUGCGACCUUAACUCAAUGGAAAGUAAUGGCAACACACCCUUGUUGAUCGCAGUAACUUAUUGCAUGACGGGAAAUGGAAAAAUGAAAGAAGGCUGGAGUUGUGCGAUUGUGAGACUGCUGUUGGAGACUGGAAAAUGCAACAUUAACUGGACGAAUAACAACGGCGCUACAGCGCUUCUGGUAGCGGUCGAGAAAUGGAAUAGCGAAGCGGUGCAAAUAUUAUUUGACACCGGAAGAUGCGAUCUUAACUUCCUGGAUCGAAAGAGAGAUACGCCACUGCUGGCUGCGGCAAAUCAGUGUUGUACGGAGAUUGCUGGGAUGAUAUUGAAAUCGGGUGGAGCAGACCUUGCGCGGACAAAUAUUUACGGCCAAACAGCCCGGGAAAUAGCAAGCGGUUAUGGUAAUACUGGGCUUUUCGAAAUAAUUGAUGAGUACUCGCAUGGUAGUGGCAUGGUUAUAGACUGGGAUGAACCACUAUCAGAGCCUGAGCAACCAUAG